AUGAGCUCAUCCAGUCGGGUCGGACGAUGGGCAAGGGCAUAUGGGCAGCGGGGAGCGCAUAUACAAGCGGCGAUCAGGCGAUUUAAGGGCAAUGGACAGGGGGCUUCAGACAGCGAAAGCGAGGAAACGGUGCCUGCACGUGAGGACCCGGCGGCAGCAGCGGGCGGUUAUGUCAGGGACUGUAUUUUAUUUGGAUCCGGGAGCGAGGCAACGUUGGCCUCGUGUGUUUCUGCUGGGUCCCUGCUGGCAGCAGCGCUUGGAGUGGCAGGCCCGACCGCUUCGAGACUUGAUGCAGCAAGCAGACGACCAUCGCAGUUAACUUAUUCCGUGGAGCCGCCCAUCGCAGCAAGCACAACAGCAGCCUGGCUCCAGCAACAGCAAACACACUCCCAUCCGUCCGCCCAUGCCAUCCCGUCUGCCGACCUCUCCCAGGAUAUCUUCGAUGGCCAGUCACAGCAGCCCGUUCGCAAGCGAGGCGGCCGUGGUCCAGGCAAGAAGGACGUCGACCGGCCCAGCAUCUCUGUCGGUACGUUCACUCCCACCACUCCCCGACUCGACACUAAUACCCACUCGCUCAUCGGCGAUCUCACCGACCGCCUCAUCCAGGCCCUCGAGCGGACCGACAAGCAAUGGCACGCAGUCAUCGCCCAGGUCGGUCCAGAACACACCCGUGUCGUCAUCGGCGUCCCCAAGCGCGAUCUCCAGCGCGAAAUUGCCCGCCAUCUCUUUGCCGCCGACUCGCGCUACGACCUCGAAGAUAAACGUACGCUCGAGCCCCUCGCCGUCAGCGUAAAGAAUAAAUUGUUCAAAAUUGUCAACCUCUAUCAAGAUUGCGAGCGCGAACUCGUCGAAUGGCUCCCCAUGAUCAACGACGAGCACGACGUUACCAGCUCGUCAGACCCCCAUCUCGCCGCCGCCUGGGGCAGGGUCAAGGAAAAGCUUCCUCAGUUCUUUCGCGUUCGAGACCUGAUUAAGCGCACCCAGAACUCUUCGUCCGUGCCCACCAAUUCCAUCUCCACUUCUGGCCAGACGUCACCGAUCCGCGCAACUGCGCAAAACCCGCAGGUUCGCGCGACGACCCAAGCCCCCCAGGUCAUACCUACCCCCCAGACCCCCAGACAUCAGACAUCCGGCUCGCUCGGCGAGUCUUCUACGGGCGCCACGCGACAGUCUGCGAUGCAAGGCGCAACCGGUCAUGCCGCUGCCAAUCUAGCCCUUUCUGGGCCUCAUAGCCCCGCAACCAGAAACUUUGUUCAGCAACCACAACAGCAUGGGGGAAAUAUUGGAUUUUCAUAUGGCAUGCCGCCCAAUGUCCCUCAAUCAACCCCGCACUUGACCCAUCCGUCGACUCAGCAGCAGCAAUUGCAGCAGCAGCAACAGCAACAACAACAACAGCAGCAACAACAGCAGCAACAACAACAACAACAGCAGCAGCAGCAGCAGCACCAACAGCAACAAUUUCAACAACAACAGUCGCAACACCAUCAAACUCAGCGGCUUCAGCACCCACAGCACCCGGCGCCUCAUCCCAUUUCGAUUCAUAGACCAUAUGCGUCUGGAAGCGGAGUCUCGGGCCCAGCGUCCGCAUCGGCUCCCUCUCCCUCAUUCCCAGCGCCUCACAGCAUAUUGACUCGCUCCCCGGCGCUUCCGCCCCCGCCUGUACCACCGCCAACCAUGGCAGGACCAUCGACUCAGCGUCCGCCGAGCGGACAUACCCGAGCACCUUCAGUCACACGCACAACCGGACCGUCUCAUCCAUCGCCCAGACACAGCGCUUCGCCUUCGCCCCCGCCCGUGAGCCCACCACUUUCGGCUUCUGUGAUUGUCAAGUUUGUAGAGGCACACGAAUCGCGGAAGCGGAAGCGGGAGGAAGACUGGUUAACGUUGAAGCGCAUGCGGUACGAAGAGCGAGAAAAGGAACGAGCCGAGAGAGAAAAACAACGGCAACAUGAGCGUGAUAUGAUGCGAUUGCGCAUCGAGCUGGCUCGUGCUUCGCGGGGCGAACCUCCCGAAAUGCUGGACGGGGAGAACGAAUUAGAGCAUUUGGGGCUUCGAGAGGCCCCUGGGUGA